CGUGUUUCUAUUGUUCGGCAAUUUCAUUUUAUUUAAUAAAUAAAUCAGAUGAUAUGCAGAGAGCCGUUCGCUAAUUUCCCUGUACUAAUUUGCCUGUACUGGAGAUGUUUAUGAGUUAAGGCCCAGUGAACUAAUGGAGGGCGACCCACGGAGUUUAGUUUUGAUUUCAGUUUUGGGCCAGCGCAGCGUAAGAAAACUAGUACACAUAACACAGAGACAGAUUUAGCAACACGGCCCCCGAGGUUUUAACACUGUAGCUGAAGCGGUCGUGGCAGUGGUAAGUUUAUCAAUAUUAACUAAGCACUGUGUCAAUGGAGAAAAAAAACAACACAUUAACAUGUGCAAUUAGAACCAUGUGCCUUUAUUUAAUUAUUUUUUUUAAACAUUGUACUCGGUGUUUCUGUUGUGUGUGCAUGUAUAGAAUGUGCAUAAUUUGUGUACAUAUAUAAUAAUAUGUGGUCAAAUUGGAUGCUUUUGUAUGGCGCAGUAGUUAACUAUAAAAUAUAGUGUUGUUGUUUUUUGUAUGGGACAAUGCAGAAGUGAGAUAUUUUUAAACAGUGGCAUAGCAAGAGCUGCCAGUAGUGGCGUAGGACUGGUAAAGGUUAGGUUGUGAUCCACCCCGGGGGGUGUGCACUUUUUAAACUGUAUAUGGAGGGAUGUUGAGUUCAUCGAGUGCAUGGGGAACCAGUGGUUCUUAAAGUGUCGCGGGGAACCAUGGCUUGCUCACAGUGGCGCCCGUGAUACAUCACACAGUUUUAAAUACUGAGUUAAACACGUUCGAUUGUUUUGUUUUUUUUUCUUUGCAUCCGUCCGUCACAAUGUGACGAUGGCGUAGACUUCGCAAGACGAAAUGCACGAGGCCUGGGAUUAGAGAUAGUCUGAAUUUCGGCUUCGGCUUUGGUUUCUGCGCCGUAAGUUGCAAUUUGAUCACUUUAGGCCUAGUUUCAGUUUCGGCCAGAGUUUGAGACUUUCGGCCAUGUGGCCGAAAGUGAUUGAGGUUUCGGUCAUCUUCCAGAAGUCAGUCGGUAUGGUCUGUCAGUCUGUCUCUAGGCCGGCAAUCCGAUAUUUCUUAUCGAUCGACGUCUGUCUGUCAUCGUUAUUUAAUAUGACUAACACUCUGCGAAAACUGUUUACAGCUGCAUAAUGAUCUACUUGUCCUUUAUAUCCAAAAAAUAAAUUUACAUUAAGCCUUGUCUAAUGCAACUAGUUUUGUGGAAGAAAAACUAAAUGAAUGGUAAAAUUUAUAUCAUAAUUUUUUGUCUUCAUUUUUCAAAAAUAAAAUUUGGAACUAUAGGUUUAUUCAAUUCAUUCAUUUACGACAUUCAUUUUGAAUUACCAUUACUAUCCUCAUGUUGUCACAGGCAAACCUUUAGGUUUAACAAAUGUAUUCACUAGUUUGCUUUUCACUUCUUAGGCUUAUUUCGUUUACAUAACUAAUGGACGACUCCUAUAGCGCUAUUGAGCUGAAACAGAAAUGAAAUAAUUUGAGCAUUCAUAGAACUUGAAAAUGCCUCGGUCAAAGCUGGUCUUGUGGUCAAUGAAGCGAAGACAAUGAUGUCACGAAACACCCACGCUGAUGACAGCGUCAUUAUAAACAACCACACCUUUGAGAGAGUGGCUACUUUCAAAUACCUAACGGCAACCACAAAUGAGCACCAUGAAAUAAUAUAGGAGGUGAAAGAAAGGAUAACAACAGGCAACCGUUCCUAUAUGAGCCUAAAAAACCUACUAGGAGCAAAAACAUCUCAAGGGGAACAAAGAAGACAAUCUACACCACUAUCAUAAGACCAAUUGGUAACCUACGCUAGUGAGACUUGGUCCCUUACCAUAAAAUCAGAGACCCUGUACAAAAAUCUUCAGGAAAUUAUAUGGCCAAUGAUGAGACCCACCCAAAGUCGCAGCGAUAAAAAAAAGGAAGACUGCGAUGGAAAAGACAUAUUGAAUGGAUGCCAGAUUGAAGAGCAGCAAAAGUGAUAUACAGGCAGAAACCAAGGGGCAUGCGACUCACCGGUCGUCCUAGGCUGAGAUGGAUCGACGAUGUAGAGAAGGAAUUACACCAGGUUUUGGGUGGGGAGUGGGGGUGUUCGCGCAUGGGGGAGAAAGCCAUGGAUCGUUCUUAAUGGAAGGAUAUAGUGGAGCAGGUCAGGGCCCUACACGGGCUUUAGUACCACUGAUGAUCAUGAUAUUAGGAAAGCUGUUAAUAUCGCACAGACUAAAAAUCAUUAAAUUAACGCAUAUGAAGAAAAAUGUUGUAAAAUCAAAAAAAUUGUUGGAUGAAACAUCUCACCCUUUUCAUACCUAAGAUAAUAUAAACAUUCUUUUGUUCCCCAGUCUGUACGAUUUACCCACGCAAAACGCCCCCCCCCCCCCCCCCACCCCCACCCUAACUGAGGUUACCAAAUCUAAAUGAUCAUUAAAUAAAUAAAGUUAUUUUUGUCACUACAAGAGUUCAUUGAUGGCUGAUUUCUACGCUAGAGAAAUACUUUAGAAGUCUUGUGUUUAAAUUGUUAUAAUGGUAAUGUGUUGUCUUGCUUAAAAUUAUGUAUUAAUUUAUCCACUGACAAUUAUUGUGUAUACUCUAAUAAAAAACAUUUACAUUUAUUUUGGAUGAAGAGAGAAUCGUAUCUCCUGUCAUACAACCAAAACAUGCCUCUUGUCAUACAACUAAAAACAUGACUCCUGCUAUUUCUUCUGUUUGAUUAUGUAAAUUAAAAAUGAACGUUUAUCCCAACAGCCAUUCCUGGCAGGCCAAUACACUGUUUCCUGGCAGGCCAAUACACUGUUUCCUGGCAGGCCAAUACACUGUUUCCUGGCAGGCCAAUACACUGUUUCCUGGCAGGCCAAUACACUGUUUUCUCACCGGCUAAUCGUUGCUAACUGUUAUUCCUUUGUCAAAAAGUCAGUUUAAGAAACCAAAAAUAUUGGCAUAUAUUUUUUCCUCCUCAAACUUCAUAAUGAGACGACGCUCUGCAAAACCUAUGAAAGGAUACAUUGAACGUCUACCUCAGAGAACAUUUUACCCCACGAGAGAUUCUCCACGACAGAGGAGACGAUUAAAUGACAACCAACAUUAAAUUGCUACUGGAAAUAAUUAUUAACACUGAUUUUUAAGAAAAAAAAAUAACAACCAACUAAAAAACCAUAUUUCAGGGCUCAUAUUUGAUGUUUUGGUGUUCACUUUCUUGAGGUGACUCAGGCAGUGUAGAAUUAAUUUUUAACGUCUCUUUGAUUACGAUUUGAUGCCUUCCUUUACGCCAUUGCCUCAAAAAACCUCACUCUAAGCAAGCUUCGCCCAAAGAGAGUAAAAUGGAAGCUCAACACGAUGAAUCUUGUUUUCAGGACAAUGCGAAUUCAAACUCCAAACCGAAGGAUUUACCGAUCAACCCGAAACGUUAUUUCAGUCCAGCACCCGAUGAAAUGGCGACUCACUCCAACCCGUGCGCAGAGACACCCAGAAUCAUUCACCCAAACACUUUCGCGGCUGAAACAGGAGAGUUGGCGUCAACGCAAAGGCACGUGACGGGAACAGGAAUUCACGUUGUUGACAUCGGCCACAAUUCCGCAGAUCAGUCUGCGCACCACAGACAUGUUUUAAAAGGCGGAAGUGUGCAUGCCGGCGCUCAAACCGGCGUCACACGGAAGCACCAACAACGGGUGGAGUAUUUCGUCGAUGGUCGUUCUGACGAGGUCAACUUCAGGUCCGCAAAGCCUGGGACGGACUGUGUGCGCACAGACGUGUCCGGUUUCAAUUGGCGCUGGCUGUGUGUGGUCCUCGCUCUAACGGCGGCCCUCGUGCACACACACGUGCGCGUGAGUCGUCUCGAAAGCGUGGUGGAUAAGCUUGGGAUACUAACUGAUGGAUGCAAGCAUGAGGUAAAUACGACAUAAACAAUUUAACUACUGAUUAUUAAGUAGGUGUUUGCAUUAUAAUUAUUUUGUUGAGGAACAAUUGAAUUUUUAAAAAAAUAUAUGAUAAAUAAAUUUUUAAAAAAUUAUUGAAUGUGUAAGACGGAUGUAACAGAGGCAACUUUCAUAUAAGACGGAUGUAACAGAGGCAACUUUCAUUUUUUUUUAACAAUCAAAUUAUCAAAGCACACAGUCAAACUAUCCUUCUUGAUAUUUUAAGAAAACUUUUUGUUUCUUCUUCUGGUGCAUUUACCUCUGUUCUGGGCUAUUUGAUUGAGCUCAUGCUCUCAAUAUUCCAUCUCAGUGUAGUUGGUGGUCUUUCUUCUUGACCAGUUACCCUGUAGAUUUCAUGACAUAUACGGUCACAUAUUGUUUUGUUUCUUUAGUGCCUGAAGGUCUAUGUCCAUUUUCUAGACGGUAUUUAUUAUUCAUAGGCCUCACCGUAUGCUCGUCCAUUUGAUUUCAUAUGAGAUCGUUUCAAACCAUUUUAUUUUACACCUAACACAAGCAUCUGUAUAUAUAAUAUAUAUAUGUAGAGAGAGAUAGAUGGAUGGAUGGAUGGUUGGCAAGCUAGCUGGCUGGCUGACUGGCUGGAUUGAUGGAUGUAUGGUUGGAUGAAUGGAUGGAUAGAUUGCUGCCUGACUGGUUUGCUGGGUGGAUAGAUGGACGGUUGGAUAGAUGGGUGUAUGGGUGGAUGGUUGGUUUGAUGGGUGAAUGGGUGGCUGAAUGGAUGGAUGGGUAUAUAGAUUAAAAAUCAGCUUUCAAAUCGUGGGCUUGUAUUUGUUAACGAUCCAUGUUUCAAAUUUCCAGAGAAGAAAAGUUUGAGAUUAGAAUGAAAUAUGUUUUAAGUUUGUAUCUAUAAUUAUCUCAUUCCAUUUUCCAUACCAUAAGCCACAAGAAAAGCAAUAUGGAUGGAAUGAUUUCGUUAAUUCGUUAUUUUUGCACAAAACAAAGCCGCCCUCCGUGGGAAAAACCCCGAACAUUUCUUACCAACAAUGCAUUAUUGAACAACGGUAUGAAUUCACAAAAAAUAAUAACACAAUAUAAUAAUAAUAUGUUUCGUUUUUUUUUUUUUUGUGAUUCACAUACAGACGCUUGAUGUCCAAAGUGGACGCAGCGUAAACAGGCCCAAAGAGAGUAGAGAAGCUUGGCCAAGUCCAGGUGCAACUCCACGGGGUCUAUUUCACAUUUCUGACAAAGACAUUCCAAACAAGGAUGCCAUUGGCCCCAGAGGUUAUUCCAACACGGCCAGGAGUACUGUGACUGGGUCUCGAAAGAAUGCUAUGGGGGAGAUUAUUAAUGGAAACAAGGAUUCUGAAAUAAAAAACCAGCAAUAUGUAUCGCGGCAUAGACUUCCACAUUUGGGAAUUUCAAACGCUUCAACAAAAUUGCAAUUUUUACACGGAAUUCUCGAACAAAAUAUGAACAAAACGGACAGUGUUGAAGUCGCGAAGACACACAUCAACUCUGAACACAGUGCUGAAACUCCACAAGUCGCUUUGACAAAUCUGCAGCAGAAAUUCGGAGGACAGGGUGAAAGGCUAUAUGCUCGCAAGAAACGGUCAGCAAAGCCUCUUAAACAGAAUGUCAGAGAAAAAUUCGAUCAGUAUUGCCAGGAUAAUUGGAAUCCUGGACGUAGUGAGUAG